UUGAGCCUCGCAGCUCUCCACUAUGGCCUGCCCUCCGGUCUUCGGGACGGGAACUCCCUCAUUUUUCAACGCCACCCGCUUCUCGCCAUACUCUUUUCUACUGCCCAGGGUUCGCAGGUGUCUGCGUCGUAGAGGGGGACCGUAUAAAACAGAGCCCGCCACCGACCUCAGCCGCUGGCGUCUCAGCAAUGAGAGGGGAAGGCAGGUGUGGACCUAUUUUCAGGAAGAGGACAACCCCGGCCGGGAGCAGACUGCGCUGGAAGCUCACUCCUUGGGAUUGGACACUAGGAGUUACUUUAAAGACUUGCCCAAAGCCCACACAGCCCACGAGGGGGCUCUGAAUGGGAUAACAUUUUACAUGGGGCUGCAGGCGGAAGAUGGACACUGGGCCGGUGAUUAUGGUGGCCCACUCUUUCUUCUGCCAGGCCUCCUGAUCACUUGCCACGUGGCACGCAUCCCUCUGCAGGCCGGAUACAGAGAAGAGAUGGUGCGGUACUUGCGGUCGGUGCAGCUCCCGGAUGGUGGCUGGGGCCUGCACGUCGAGGACAAGUCCACGGUGUUUGGGACUGCGCUCAACUAUGUGUCCAUGAGAAUCCUGGGUGUUGGGCCCGACGAUCCUGACCUGGUACGAGCACGGAACAUACUUCAUAAGAAAGGCGGAGCUGUGGCUAUUCCCUCCUGGGGGAAGUUCUGGCUGGCUGUCCUGAACGUUUACAGCUGGGAAGGUCUCAACACCCUGUUCCCAGAGAUGUGGCUGUUUCCUGAUUGGAUGCCUGCACAUCCCUCCACACUCUGGUGCCACUGCCGGCAGGUUUACCUGCCCAUGAGCUAUUGCUAUGCCACCAGGCUGAGCGCUGAGGAGGACCCGCUGGUCCAGAGCCUGCGCCAGGAGCUCUAUGUGGAGGACUAUGCCAGCAUCCACUGGCCGGCACAGAGGAAUAACGUGGCCCCUGACGACCUCUACACUCCACACAGCUGGCUGCUCCACGUGGUGUAUGCGGUCCUCAACCUGUACGAACGCCACCACAGCACCAGCCUGCGGCAGCGGGCCAUCCAGAAGCUGUAUGACCACAUUGCAGCCGAUGACCGCUUCACCAAGUGCAUCAGCAUUGGCCCGAUCUCGAAAACCAUCAACAUGCUCGUGCGCUGGUAUGUGGACGGGCCGGCCUCCAGCAUUUUCCAGGAGCACGUCUCCAGGAUCCCCGAUUACCUCUGGCUGGGCCUCGAUGGCCUGAAGAUGCAGGGCACCAAUGGCUCGCAGGUCUGGGACACCUCGUUUGCCAUCCAGGCUCUGCUGGAGGCAGGUGCACACCACAGGCCUGAGUUUUCAUCCUGCUUGCAGAAGGCACAUGAGUUCCUGCGGGUCUCACAGGUCCCAGACAAUCCACCUGACUACCAGAAGUACUACCGCCAGAUGAACAAGGGCGGCUUUCCCUUCAGUACUUUGGAUUGUGGCUGGAUUGUUGCUGACUGCACAGCCGAGGCCUUGAAGUCUGUCCUUCUUGUACAGGAAAAAUGUCCUUUCGUCACCAUGCACAUCCCACGAGAGCGGCUCUUUGACGCUGUUGCUGUGUUGCUGGAGUUGAGAAACCCUGAGGGGGGGUUUGCUACCUAUGAGACCAAGCGUGGGGGUUACCUGCUGGAGCUGCUGAAUCCCUCGGAGGUAUUCGGGGACAUCAUGAUUGACUACUUGUAUGUGGAGUGCACCUCGGCGGUGAUACAGGCACUGAAGUAUUUCCACAAGCAGUUCCCAGAGCACAGGCCGAGGGAAAUCAGGGAGACCCUCGAACAGGGCCUGGAGUUCUGUCGGCAGACGCAGAGGGAUGACGGCUCCUGGGAAGGCUCCUGGGGGGUUUGCUUUACCUACGGCACCUGGUUUGGGCUGGAAGCUUUUGCCUGCAUGGGACAGAUUUACCAAGAUGGGGCAGCUUGUGCAGAGGUCUCCAGGGCCUGCAACUUCCUGCUGUCCCGGCAGAUGGCGGACGGAGGCUGGGGGGAGGACUUCGAGUCCUGUGAGCAGCGGCGUUAUGUGCAGAGCGCCCAGUCCCAGAUCCACAAUACAUGCUGGGCCCUGAUGGGGCUGAUGGCCGUCAGGCAUCCUGACGUAGAGGCCCUGGAGAGAGGAGUCAGGUGUCUGCUCAGAAAACAGCUCCCCAGUGGAGAUUGGCCCCAGGAAAACAUCUCCGGGGUCUUCAAUAAGUCCUGUGCCAUCAACUACACGAACUACAGGAAUAUCUUCCCCAUCUGGACCUUAGGUCGCUUCUCCCGCCUGCACCCUGAAAGUACCCUUGCUGGCUACCCUUGAGAGGGGGCCUGUGGGCGCCUGGCCGGCGGGGCUGCAGAGUGAGGUUGGAACAUCUUGCCUGACCGGGAGCCAUUGAAGCCUGCCCCACCCUCCCCUCUCUGGUGGGAAUGCUGGGACCAGGCCUGCACAGGGGCAGGCUGGUGGUUUAGAUGCUUGUCAGUGUAGGGCCAGGGUGAGGGAAGGAACGAGAUGAACUGUGACACUAGAGAAGGCACGGCGUGUCUGCGGCCCUGGGCGUGUGUCCUCGUGUGAGCCCAGGGCUGGGAGCGCUUUCCUGACCAAUAAUAGUCCUCAGCAUUGUGCCUUAUCUGCCUCCUGCCUGGUGCUGGACUCACCCCCAGGAUGGCUCUUUCUCCAUCUUCUGUCUGUGAGACCGAGGGAGGUGACAGCUUCCCUGAACAGCCUGGGGUAGAGGGGCUGGGCCUGCCUGUUCACCACGCCACCCUGGCCUCAGUGAGGACAGGGACCAGCACGGCAACCCUGCCCCAGAUCUCAUUCAUCCACACUGCACUGCUGUGCAUUCAGUUUCCGGGUGCCAGCAUCCCCCCUCCAGAGUAUACAGUCAUCUCAUAAUGACAGAAACACCCAGGGGGGCCAAGCAUAACAAACGGUGAAGGGUUACUGGUUUGGUGGCUACCACAGCGGGGCACCGCUGUGUGCCAGGGACAGCUGAGCACCCCAGCCUGUCGGUCACCACCCACUGAAGCUGGUCAGGCAUGUGUGACGCUCAAGACACUCUGGUGACAGCUGUGACCUUCGUGCCCUAGUUUGCUCUGAGUUGAAGUAGGAGCCAGAUUUCCCAGUAAUGCUUCUUGGGUGGUAAACCACUCAUUUCCCUUCUGGCUACUCUAAACCGUUUGGUUCUAUGUACAUGGACUUGGGGCUCAGGAUAGACACUCUGGGGCCUGGGUUUGCCACUGGCCUAUGAGGAUGAGCAGCUCAUGUGCUCACAGCCUCCCCGGGGGUAUGACUAGGAGGAGUCACCAAGAGCUUUGAUGAGAAUAAAACCCGAGCCUGGUGUUACCUGCAAGGCCCCACCCCAAUGCCACCUCCACCUGUCAUUUCUCUGUGCCAUCUCCUGGACUGACGGCAGCCCCACGCUGCACUUCCCUGGCCACCUGUCCUCCUUAGCCUCGUCAUCACCUUCCUGGAACCCAUCAGGGCCCUUGCCACUCUCGGAGGCUUUGCCUACGUGGCCCUCCUCCUCCUGCUCUGGUGGUCCCAGACUCUCAGAGCUCAUUGGCUCCUCGGUUUCAGGAAACACAAGUAGCUGCUUGAAGAUAAGCAGGUGCCUUCCUAGGUAUUUCAGGGAAAUGAUUUGCCUCAACCUGAUUAAAAAUCGAGUCCUCUAUCCUAGGUAAAUUGCUGGAGUCUUGAAUUCAAACCUCUAUUUUUCAUUGAUUAAAUUUUGAAUAUUAUGCUGGGAAAUUUUCUCUGGAGUUUUGUGAGGUUUUCUAUGUUCACCAUGAUGUAAAUUUCACACCCUUUGAGGAAAUGUCGAGGAACUCAUAGUGGAAACUUACCUCUAGGAGAAAUGCUUUUCCUUACUGAACAUAAUUGCUACUGCUACAUAAUUUGUAUUUAGGCAAUAAAAAUGUCUUAGGAAU